AUGUCGAAUCCAUUUGACGACAUCCUCGCGCCAAAGCCCCGGCAAGCUGUGCGCACUAGCUUGACCGCCGACGACCCAUUCGGCGACGACAGCCCAGACUUUUUGGGCGAGGCCAACACGCAAACACAUUCAAACGGUGGCCAAGCUGUCGCUGGUCCAGGCGCGUCACCUAACGAUGCCAAGCAUGGUUACGCGUUAGAUCCAUUCUUUGACGAUGACGAUGACUUUGGCGGCGGUUCACUGCAACCAACGGGCUACAUGCCAUCCGCAUCGGCUUCGGGCAACCGUGGUUUCGCCGACUCCAGACCGUCCCUCUUCGAUGCCGACGAGCCCUUCGCUGAAGAGGGCGCUCUUCCCGCAGGAUUCAGUGGCGGUGCGACCAACCAAGCUCCCCGUGGUUAUGGUGGUGGUAGCGCUGCUAUCAAUCCAUUUGACGAUGACGAGGGUGUGGGAGCAUACUCGUUCUCGGGCCCCUCUGAUGUCGCGUACGCUGGACGCUACAAGCGUACCAGGUGGCAGCGCUUCAAAGAGGACCAUCUUACCGACGUCGAUUGGACGUUUGGGGUGAACAAACUCCUUGGCAGGAAAAGCAAGUUUGACGGUGUUCCUCGCGAGGUCAUGCUCAACGACCCCGAGGGGAACAAGGUCAAGGGCUACGAAGGCAACUCGGUGUCGACUGGCAAGUACGGCCCCAUCACUUUCUUGCCCAAGUUCCUUUACUCCGAAUUCUCUCGAUCUGCCAACUUGUUCUUCCUGUUCACGGCGUGUAUUCAGCAGGUGCCAAAUGUGUCGCCUACUGGACGGUUCACAACUAUCGAGCCUUUGGCUGUUGUGUUGGUUGCUUCGGCGUUCAAGGAAAUCAAGGAAGAUCUUGACCGCGCUUUGAAUGCUAGCCAAACCCAGGUGCUGGUGAACCAGCAGUUCCUCAACCGCCCUUGGCGUCAGAUCCGCGUCGGUGACACCCUUCGUCUCGAGGCAGACAGCUUCAUUCCCGCGGACAUGGUCCUCAUCAGCAGUUCCGAGCCCGAGGGCCUGGCUUAUGUCGAGACCGCCAACCUUGAUGGCGAGACCAACCUCAAGAUCAAGCAGGCCCACCCCUCGACAGCGAACCUCACCACCCCUCAGGCAGCGUCGCUCCUCCGCGGCCACCUCUUGUCCGAGGCCCCCAACUCGUCUCUCUACACCUACGACGGCACAUUCCACAUUUCCUCCACCCAGCCCGGUGCGGCGCCGACCAAGAUCCCUGUUGGUCCCAACCAGGUUCUCCUCCGCGGUGCGCAGCUGCGUAACACCGACUGGGUCUACGGCAUUGUUGUCAACGCUGGCCACCAGACCAAGCUGAUGCGCAACGCGACGGAGCCACCGAUCAAGCGCACGGCCCUCGAGGGUCAGGUCAACAAACAGAUCCUCUACCUGUUUAUUCUCCUCAUCAUCAUGUCGCUGGUCUCGACCAUCGGCAAUGUCAUUCGCACUUGGUUCUUCUCAAAGCAGGAUUGGUACUUGGAGCUUGGUGUUGAUGCGCCAAACAAAGCCCGUCAAUUCAUCGAGGAUAUUCUUACAUUUAUCAUUCUCUACAACAACUUGAUUCCCAUCUCGCUCAUCAUGACAAUGGAGGUUGUCAGGUUCUACCAAGCAGGAUUCAUCAACUCGGACCUUGACAUGUACUACGCGCCAACGGAUACGCCCGCCCUUUGCCGUACCUCGUCCCUUGUGGAAGAGCUCGGACAGAUUGCCUACAUCUUCUCAGACAAGACAGGCACCCUGACUUGUAACGAGAUGGAGUUCCGCGAGUGCUCGAUCUUUGGCACCAUGUAUGCCCAGGUCGUCGACGACAACAAGAGGGAACAGGGUCAAAAGAGCUUUGAAGUCCUCCGUCAACGGUCCAACGAGGACACAGAGGAAGGCGAGGCUAUCCGUAAAUUCCCUGACGAGGCUGCCCUCGUUUCGGGUGCCGAGCUGCUUGGCUACCGCUUCCAUAUCCGCAAGCCCAAGUCUGUCUUUGUUACGGUCAAUGGCGAGGAUCAGGAGUGGGAGAUUCUCAACGUCUGCGAAUUCAACUCUACCCGCAAGCGCAUGUCGGUUGUCGUUCGCGCCCCGGACGGCCGUAUCAAGCUGUUCUGCAAGGGUGCGGACACUGUCAUCUUUGAGCGUCUCGGCCCCAAGCAGGAGUUCUCGGAGCCUACUCUUACCCACCUCGAGGACUACGCCACGGAGGGUCUGCGCACGUUGUGUCUCGCAUACCGUGACAUUCCCGAGGGCGAGUACCGCGAGUGGGCCGAACUCUACGACAAUGCCGCUGCUCAGAUGAGUGGCCGUGGCGAGGCUCUUGACAAGGUUGCCGAGAUUAUCGAGCAAAACAUGGUUCUCCUGGGCGCUACUGCUAUCGAGGACCGUCUGCAGGACGGCGUUCCCGACACCAUCCACACGCUCCAGCAGGCUGGUAUCAAGAUCUGGAUUCUUACCGGUGACCGUCAGGAAACUGCCAUCAACAUUGGUCUCUCGUGCCGCCUCAUCUCCGAGUCGAUGAACCUCGUCAUUAUCAACACUGAGACCCAGGCCGAGACUGCCGAGUUGCUCAACAAGCGUCUGUUCGCGAUUAAGAACCAGCGCAUGGGUGGCGACACUGAGGAGCUUGCUCUCAUCAUCGAUGGCAAGAGUCUUACGUAUGCACUUGAGAAGGAGUGCUCGGAGGUAUUCCUCGAGCUCGCGAUCAUGUGCAAGGCUGUGGUCUGCUGCCGUGUCUCGCCCCUCCAGAAGGCUCUCGUCGUCAAGCUUGUCAAGAAGAGCACUACGUCGCCACUCCUUGCUAUUGGUGACGGUGCGAACGACGUGUCCAUGAUCCAGGCUGCCCAUAUUGGUGUCGGCAUUUCGGGUGUUGAGGGUCUCCAAGCUGCUCGUUCUGCCGAUGUGGCAAUCUCGCAGUUCCGUUUCCUCCGCAAGCUGCUCCUCGUCCACGGCUCGUGGAGUUACCAGCGUCUGUCCAAGUUGAUUCUCUACUCGUUCUACAAGAACAUCACCUUUGCGCUGUGUCUCUUCUGGUACUCGUGGUUCAACGACUUCUCGGGACAGAUCGCGUUCGAGGGCUGGACCAUGACAUUCUACAACGUCGUCUUUACCAUUCUUCCUCCCCUUGUUAUUGGUAUUUUCGACCAGUUCGUCUCCGCUCGCAUGCUCGACAGGUAUCCCCAGCUCUACCAGCUUGGCCAGAAGAACUACUUCUUUGCCCCCAUCACCUUCUGGUACUGGGUCGGAAAUGCGUUCUACCACAGUGUCAUCCUCUUUGCGUUCUCGUGCUUCGUCUUCUGGGCCGAUCUCAUUGCGUCGGACGGCAAGAACAGCGGUCUCUGGGUGUGGGGUACCACGCUUUUCAUCUCUGUGCUCCUCACGGUUCUCGGCAAGGCUGCCCUCAUCUCCGACGUGUGGACAAAGUACACUCUCGCGGCCAUUCCUGGUUCCUUCCUGUUCACCAUGAUCGCCCUGCCACUGUACGCCUUCAUUGCGCCGCUCACUGGUGUCUCGAUGGAGUACAAGGGCAUCGUGCAGCGUCUGUGGGGCGACGCAGUCUUCUACUUUGUCCUGAUCCUCUUCCCCGUCGUCUGCCUCCUGCGUGACUAUUGCUGGAAAUACUACCGCCGCACAUACCACCCGGCCCCUUACCACAUUGUCCAAGAGAUCCAAAAGUUCAACCUGUCAGACUAUCGUCCCAGGCAAGAACAGUUCCAGAAGGCGAUCAAGAAGGUGCGCGCGACACAGCGUAUGCGUCGCCAGCGUGGCUUUGCGUUCUCCCAGACCGAGAACCAGUCCCAGGACCAGACGCGUCUCAUCCGCGCGUACGACACGAGUGUCGCCCGUCCCUCUGGAUUGUAG